AUGCGGUUCUUCUCUACGAAGGCGAAGAAGCCGCAUACCUACCAGGUGGUGCUGGCGGCUUCGGAGCUGGGGCCCUACGUGCCGGGCCUGGGCCAGGCCUUCCACACCUCGGUGCUGGUGGACAACGUGGAGUACGAGUUCAGUGGGCAAGGCAUCUGCCUGAGCAGGGGCCCCGCCAGCCACGAGCGCUUCACCCGGGGCCAUGAGCUGAUCGAGCUCGGGGGCACUGUACGAAGUCCCAAGGAGAUGAUGGCCAUGCUGACUGCCUACUUUCGGCCGGGCACUUACGACCUCCUGCGGAAGAACUGCAACUCCUUCACCAGCUGCGCCUUGCACUUCCUCCUGGGCGCCAUGCUAGAUCCGAAGUACAGCUCCAUGGAGAGUUGCGCGGUGACGGUGAGCAGCUACAUAGAUUUGGUCAGCUUAAUCAUGCCCAACUACCAGCCCAACCCCAAUGCCGAAGGUUUUUGCGUCGAGCACGUCCGCAGAGAUAUCAACUACCACGAGCAGAAGGCUGCACAAGGAGCAAAGGCGAAAGCACCCUCCCGCGCCUGGAUUCUGGUGGUUGGUUUGCGGAGGCGCAGGGCAAAUGGUGCGAUUGACCUUCCUCAAGAUUGCGCAGCACAGCCGCAAGCUGAAGGUGAAGGCUGGCGCCCAGCGGCCCAAUAUGAGCAUUGGUACUGA